CUGCUUGCUUCCUGCACAAUGUUCUGGGUAAACAAAAAAAGGCUAUUAGUCCUCCUGGUGCUCCCAUCUCUAGGUUUCCUCUUUUUCCAGCAGUUGUACAGCCCCAGUCAGUGUCCUGGUGUAGCAGAGAAGUCAAGCCCUACACAUGUGUUGAUCUUGUCCUCGUGGCGCUCUGGCUCCUCCUUUGUGGGCCAGCUCUUCAGCCAGCACCCAGAUGUCUUUUACCUGAUGGAGCCAGCCAAGCAUGUGUGGGCGACCCUCUCCUCUGGCAGUGCUGGGCAGUUGCAGAUGGCCGUGCGAGACCUGAUUCGUUCAGUCUUCCUCUGUGACAUGACUGUCUUUGAUGCUUACAUGGCCCAGGGUCCAAGGAAACAGUCCAGCCUCUUCAUGUGGGAUACUAGUAGGGCUCUGUGUUCUCCACCCGUGUGCCAUCUGUUUCAUAGGGAGGCCAUCGUCCCCCCAGCUGACUGUAGGAUCCUAUGUGGCAAGCAGCCCUUCACCAUGGUAGAAGAAGCCUGUAAGUCCUACAGUCACGUGGUGCUCAAAGAGGUGCGCUUCUUCAACCUGAUGACCCUCCAGCCACUGCUGACUGACCCCUCCCUCAACCUGCACAUCAUUCACCUUGUGCGAGACCCCCGGGCUGUGUUCCGCUCUCGGCAAAACACAGAACAGGACCUGAUGCAGGACAGCCAUAUUGUCAUGGGGAACCAACGGAAUAAAAUAAAGAAGGAGGACCAGUCCUAUCACUUGAUGCAAGCUAUCUGCCAAAGCCAACAGGAGAUCUAUAAGGCGGCACAGUUGUUACCAGACUCCCAACGAGAACGCUACCUGCUAAUACGUUAUGAGGACUUGGUGCAGGACCCACUGACCCAAACUUCCAAACUAUAUGAAUUUGCAGGGUUGCCUUUCCCGCCUCAUCUCCAAAUCUGGGUGCAUAACAUCACACAGGGGAAGGGCAUGGGAAGGAGUGCCUUUGACACAGACUCCAGGAAUGCUCAAAGUGUCUCCCAGGCCUGGCGUUGGUCCUUACCACAUAACCAGGUAGUCCAGUUACAGAAAGUUUGUAAAGAUACCAUGAACCUGAUGGGCUACCUUCCUGUAUUGUCUGAGAAAGACCAGAGAAAUUCAUCAGUGAAUCUUUUAUCUACUCCUGAGAUCCCCUAAAGCUCGGCAACCAAUCAGUUGAGUGAGGGUCUGGUUUUGUACAAUGGCUGUGGUCAGCUGAAUGCUUUUGGGUCUAACUAUGUU